CGUAAUUGUCUCAUUCCGUCGGGUCGCCACUGGCAGUGCUCGCCCGACGUCUCUCCCUCCAUCAUCCACGCACCAUGUCACUGCCCAAGGAAACCGAGAGGCUUGUCGCAGAUCCUGCACCGGGAAUUACUGCGCUGCCGCACGACGAUAACCUCCGAUACUUCGACGUUACGAUACAGGGACCCGAUGGCAGCCCAUUCGCGAGUGGCGUGUUCAGACUGGAGCUUUUUCUGCCGGAGGAGUAUCCCAUGGCACCGCCGAAGGUGCGCUUCCUGACAAAGAUUACCAUCCCAAUAUCGGUGCACAAACUGGGCCGGAUCUGUCUGGAUAUCCUGAAAGACAAGUGGUCCCCAGCUCUGCAGAUACGAACGGUCCUUCUGUCGAUCCAAGCCCUCCUCAGCUCCCCGAACCCCGACGAUCCUCUAGCAACAGACGUGGCGAAGCACUAUAAGGAGAACGAGAAGGAUGCUCAGCGCGUGAGCCGGGAGUGGACGGAGAAGUAUGCGUCUGCCUAGUCGUCCCCGGACGAUCAUGGAGGGCGCGCAGACUACGGAAGAUACACGCGGGCGCGUGGGAGUGAUAGAAGUGACGAGAUGUAUUGUUGUAGGAUUAGGUGUGUUGAGUGUUCUCUGCGAAGCCACGGCUCGCCGUAGACGAGUUGGUGUAACGAACGUCAUGACAAACAGCAGGUAAACAUAUAUGGUGCCUGACGACCCGGUGCGACGCAAUUUCAGAGUGGCGAGUCUAGCACCAAGGCCCCUCGUCAGGCAGACCGUGUGCACUACCGGGAAAUUGUAUGACUAUCCGAGU